CGUAGCAGGCUCCGGAAGCCCUCUAAGCCCCCCACCCUGCCGGUCCUUGAGUAGAGCAGAGCAUAAAGCCUCUCCACCCUCGCCGGAUGGGGCCACGGCGGGACCCCUAAGGCCCGGAGCCAGGACCAAACCGCGCGGCCGGAACCAUGCUCAGCUCCAUCAAAUGCGUGCUGGUCGGGGACGCCGCCGUGGGGAAGACCUCGCUCCUGGUCCGCUUCACCUCCGAGACCUUCCCCGACACGUACAAGCCCACGGUGUAUGAGAACACGGGGGUGGACGUCUUCAUGGACGGCAUCCAGAUCAGCCUGGGCCUCUGGGACACGGCGGGCAACGACGCCUUCAAGAGCAUCCGGCCCCUGUCCUACCAACAGGCAGACGUGGUGCUCAUGUGCUACUCCGUGGCCAACCACGGCUCGUUCCUCAACCUGAGGAACAAGUGGAUCGCCGAGGUCCGGAGCGCCCUGCCCUGUACCCCGGUGCUCGUGGUGGCUACGCAGACCGACCAGAGGGAGGUGGGGCCCCACCGCGCGGCCUGCAUCAGCCCGGCCGACGGCAAGCGGCUGGCCCAGGACGUCCGGGCCAAGGGCUACCUGGAGUGCUCGGCUCUGAGCAACAGGGGGGUGCAGCAGGUAUUCGAGUGCGCCGUCCGGACGGCCGUCAACCAGGCCAAGAAGCAGAGGCGGAGGAAGCUCUUCUCCAUCAACGAGUGUCGGAUCUUCUAGGGCUGGGGCUGAGGCUGGACUGGGCUGGACUGGCUGGGGCUGGAAUGGACUGGGCUGGGGCGGACGCUAGACUAGAUUAGGAGAAGCUGCGAUCAGUGUAAUAAUGUAUUUAUGUAAAUGUAGUCUAAACUGUAAGCCUCGUGUGGGACAGGGACUAUGCCCAACAUAUUUGCGCCCUCUCGGCCCCUCUGCCCUCCGACCUUCAUGCUGACUGGACUCUCUCCCGAGCCCGGGGGGGUCUAGUAAAGGCCCCACGGCCUCGGCUCGGGUGCUACUUCAGUGACUCCGGUGUACCUGGCCCUGGGCUCCUCCAGAGGGUGAGAAUUUACUGAUCUGGACCCCCCCACGUAGGGCCGGAGGGUCCCACAAACAUCCCGCAACCCUGGGCUUCCCCUGUUUGGCCCCAGGCCAGACUCCUUUCCCGGAAGCAAAUUUUACCCGAACUAUGACACACCCCCACGGUGCUCACCCCCAUCACUCGUGCUGAUGGGUCACACCUGCUGAUGUUACACGGAGGAAGACAAUCUCUUAUCAUUAAUAUUAUUAUUAUUAUUAUUAUGGUACUUGCUAAGCGCUCACUAUUUGUCAAGCACUGUUCUAAGCACCGGGGUCAAUGCUUGACACUGGGAGGAUUCUGGAAUACUUUGGAUUCCGUGACUUUCAGCCCACCGGGCCAUCGGAGUCAACAUUCCUGACGUUCACCCGGCUCCUUUGAUCUGGGCACCCUGCUUGGGGUCUGCUGAAAGCCCCUUUUACAGACAGGGCAACCGAGGGUCAGAAAGGUCCAGAGGCUACCUAGAGUCCACCCAGCUAUGCCCUGGAGCUGGAUUCAGUUCUCGGUUUCUGGCUGGAUGUUUUAAUCCCUGUAACCUCUGUGACCCUUGGGCUCCACGAUCCUAGCUCUGGGAUGGAAGUCCUGCUCGUUGGGAUGAAAUGAUCUCAUUAAUCUGCACAUUGUGGACAGCUUGUUGUGCUCACUGGAGCCCUAAGGCAAAUUUCAGGGUGUGGGGAAGGUAAUAGGUUAUGCUUCAAACCCGGGCCCUGUCAUCAAACCAGUAAGGGACAGAGGAAUCAUCUGGGCCAUCCAACUGUCAUCAUCUCUCACCAACCACCCAACAGUCCUUGACUAGAGUCCAUUUCCUUAGGCCCAAAAGUCCACUGCCCAGUGUACGUCAGCCAGUGUUCAUUUAAUCAAUCAA